AAAAUAAAUUAUUUAAAAACUAUUAAACUUAAAACGAAAGUGUAAAAACAUCCCACAAAAUGGCUCAAAUGGUGCAAAUGACUACCGAACAAUUACAGCAACUCAUCGAGUCUGUACGCGCUACAGCUGCCUCCGGAACUAUUGUGGCAGAAACCAAGUCCAAGGGAAGUUUCAGUAAUUGUUCUUCCCGCUUUGGUGGCCAACGUGAUCAUGAAGCUGUAGAAGAAUUCAUCACCUCAAUUGUCACAUACAAAGAAGUCGAAUCGAUUAGUGAUGAGGAUGCCUUGAAAGGUGUUUCCUUGUUGUUCUAUGGUUUGGCCUCAACCUGGUGGCAGGGUGUGCGCAAGGAAGCUAAAACUUGGAAUGAUGUUUUGGCUUUGAUACGUGACCAUUUCUCGCCCACCAAACCGGCCUAUCAAAUCUAUGUGGAAAUCUUCGAUAAGAAACAGGAAGACAAAACCGCUAUCGAUACGUUCGUGUGCCAGAAGAGAGCCCUAUUGGCCCAGUUGCCCGAUGGUAGACACGAUGAAGAAACCGAAAUUGACUUAGUCUAUGGUUUGCUCAACAUCAAAUACCGCAAACAUAUUGCCCGUCAUGACAUCACAACUUUCCGCGAACUGUUGGAAAAGGGUCGUAUUAUCGAGCACAAUAUGAUGGAAGAUGAGGCCAGUCAACAGGGUCCUCUAAAAGGCGCCAAGGGCACAAAGAGAUGUACGUACUGCAAUUUCCGAGGACACACUUUUGAACAAUGUCGCAAACGUAAAUCUGGCGACAAUGCCUCAAAUAGUGAAGACUAAAUUACCAACAAAAUAACAACCCAACUUAACAAAAAGUUGGAAACCAAGAUGUCAUUUCAUCACCACCUUUAAACUCAUUGUAUUUCCUACAAAAGAAAAACAAGACAUUGGUAAAUGACAUAAUUUAAAAGAAAAUAUAUAAAUUAUCUUAUAGUAUUAACUUUAUAUAGGCUUCUCUAAGUUAAAUAUCAAGGAUUCUCUACACGAAUUUAGAACGUUUUUUAAUUUUUAUAUAAAUCUUUUACUUUUUUUUUUUAAUUUAUAUAAAAGUUUAAAAUAUUCCUAAUUUGUGUAGAAUUUUCUCAAUAUUUAACAAAGUGUUACGCCUCUUUUGUAUUAAUAUAUCACGCUAGUUUUACAAACCGGCUUUACAGGCCAUGAACGUCUGGAUCGAAUAAUUUCUGGUAAUCUUUUAGAUUUAAAAGAAAUUUCAAAUUUGUAUACAACAAAUUAGUAAACACACAUAAACAAAGCCGGAUAUCUUUAAUAUCCACCAACGCAAAGGUAACUUUCUUUAAAUGUUUAAAUUUUUAAUAACUGAAAUUUAGAUUUAAUUAUUCAAAACGCUUGGUUAUUUUAGAACUAGUUUCUAAGAUAAUACUAGUGUUUGUGAAAAAUAAGUUUUAAAUUUUUAGGUUAUUAAUAAUUUGUCUAUUUAGGGAAAGUAACCAAAAACUGUUAUAUUAAGUAAUUUGGAAAUUAGCUUUAAAUAAAACUUCAAUUUUAAAGCAAAAUUUUAAAAUAUUUGAAUAAAUUUCUUUUGAUUUUAUUGAAUUAUUUUAAGAUCUGGCUGAAGUAAAAUUAAGGAUUUUGUUUAAAGCCUUUUCAAUCACCUAAUAUAACAAACCUUCUCUUCCUUGGGCUAAAACCUAGGGAGGAGGAACCCCCGCUAUUUUAAACAAUUUUGAAAAUAUUAUGAUUUAAACAUACAGCCAGAGUUUUGGUUUCAAAAUUGUAAGAAGUCAUUAAAGCUUAAGCAAUAUUUUAUUUUCUUAAGAACUUUUUCUUAAAGCCUUAAGAAAAUUAAAGUGAUUUCUUUAGUGAGGAAUAACUUGUUUCAAUUUCUAAAUCAUACUCCUGCCUAUGUUUAAGGUCAGUUGUUUUCUUAAUUGUUUAUUAUGGCAAAAAACUUUAUUUAUAUAUAUUGAAUGUUCAUCAUAUUCCAUGAAAUUGUACUACAAUGGCUAUGUUGUCGCCAUUCGUACAAUUGGCACGCUACGCAGUUGUUUUAAAAUGUUUGACAUUUUCAAAUCACUGCCAAUGGCACGCCAGCUCUUUUAAUAAGUUAAGAUUUGCUUUAAAGUUUUAUGAAAUCCUCCAAAACUCUAAGGCUUUCCUAACUUCCUCAUUAAUUAUUAACUAAAGUUUAUUUUUUGUAACCAAAAAAGCAACGACAAUAUUUAUUUGAAAAAAAUUAAUGACAAAAUGUCAAAUCUGCUUUGUAAACAUUUAAGUGUUGGCGCUCUUUGGAGGUGGGCCCUAAUUUAACUCUUAAGUGUUUUUAUAUCUUAAAUUGUCUGGUUUUUUGUUUAUUUUUUUGAAUUUUAGUUAAUAUUUUUAUUUUUUUAGUUCUAAGCAUUGUUAAAAUUGUAUUUUUAUAUUUGUAUUAAAUUAAACUAGGAAGCUUGUAUUAUGUAAUCACAUAGUUUUUAAGAAUGAAAAUAAUUUUAUGAAAAAAAUAACAGAAAACUAUUGAAAAAAAAGCCAAAUCAAAAAAAUAAUAAAUAUAACAAACAGUGCUUUUUCAUAAAAACUAAA